UCUGUGUUAGUUUGUCGUGUGGUUUGUGAGUCUCUUUUCGUUUGUUGUGUAACCGGGGCUGAAGCGGAGCUCCUUUUUUGGCGGCUCGUCGAGUUCUACGUCCCGCAGUCUGUUAGCAUGGACAGUGACGAGGACACGACCGAGGAGCUGGUGGAAGGUCCACUGGAUGAAGAUUGUCAACCCCAUGGCUUAUGUACAGUGACCUACUCAUCCAGUGAUCGAUUUGAAGGACACUUCACACAUGGAGAAAAGAAUGGCAAGGGCAAGUUCUUCUUUUUUGAUGGAAGUACCUUGGAAGGAUUCUAUGUGGAUGACGCUCUUCAGGGCCAAGGUGUGUACACAUAUGAAGACGGCGCUGUCCUCCACGGGACGUACGUGGACGGUGAGCUGAACGGGCCUGCUCAGGAGUAUGAUGGAGAAGGCCGCCUGGUGUUUAAAGGACAGUACAGAAACAAUAACCGCUGUGGGACAUGCUGGGUUUACUACCCCGAUGGUGGCGGUGUGUUUGGGGAGGUUAAUGAAGAUGGGGAGAUGACUGGGGACUCCGUGUCUUACAUCUACCCUGAUGGCUGCACGGCUCUCUAUGGAACCUUUGUCGAUGGAGAACUCAUUGAAGCUCAACUUGCUAACCUUGUUUUCGAUGAAACUGGCACUGCGCAUUUUGAAAUGAUACCUAACGGUGUUGUGUACUCGCACGAUAAGUCGACGUCUGCAUGUAUCGCCACGCACACGCUGCUGCCCGACCCUUACGAGAGCCAGAGAGUGUUUGUGGCAGACUCACUGAUCAAAGGAGCCGGACAGGGUUUGUUUGCCCAGACGGACGCUGACGCAGACUCCGUCAUGGCCUUUUACAACGGUGUGCGCAUCACCCACUCAGAGGUCGACAGCAGAGACUGGGCACUGAAUGGAAACACCAUCUCUUUGGACGAGGACACGGUCAUCGAUGUCCCUCAGCCAUUUGACCAGACGGGGCGAUACUGUGCUUCCCUGGGUCACAAGGCGAACCACUCCUUCACGCCCAACUGCAAGUACGACCCGUUUGUCCACCCUCGCUUUGGGCCAAUCAAGUGCAUUCGAACGCUGAGGCCGGUGCAGAAAGGUGAAGAGCUGACUGUUGCUUACGGCUAUGAUCACGACGGGCUGGACGCCCCUGAUUGGUACAAGCAGGAGAUGGAGGAGUUUAAGCAGAAACGGGCUGUACCCGAUGACCAGUGAGAAGAAGGAUUUUGACCUGUGGAUGGGACAGCGUCCCUCUUCCUGUCCCAUCAGGACAUGCUCUUCCUCAUGCUCUUGUUGAUUUGUCAGAGGGCUUCAUUUUCUGUUCAAAUGGGAAACGCUGGAGACCUUCACUGUUCUGGAGGCAGUGGCGUGAGUGAAGAACUACGCAAGAAGCCACCACGUGCUCCGCCUCCUCACAGCAGGAGGACAGAACCUGUCCAAACAUGGCCCUGCAGACAAACGUUCGGACUGGCUUGAUAGAUAUUGGCAAAACAAAAAGUCUGUAAUGUCUCAGAGCUGCGUUUUCACUAACAGAUGGU